CUUUUUCCGCCAAACAAUGUCUCGAGAUCGCUAUUUACAAAUACUAAGGCACUUACAUUUUAGUAAUAAUCAAAAUGCACGUUUGAAAAUGUCGUCAUUGAUGAAAGUAUGAUUCUUUUCAAAGGGAGGCUGUCCUUCAAACAGUAUAUAAAAACCAAGAGACACCGUUUCGGAAUAAAAGUUUAUGUCUUAUGCGAUUGUGAAACAGGUUAUGUUUUGGGAUAUUUGGUAUAUACUGGCAAAAAUAAUGUUAAAAAUAGAGAUAAUGACAGCGGUCUAGGAUUGUCAGGUGAUGUUGUUGUGAAACUUUUGGAGCCCUACCUGAACAAAGGCCAUUCAUUUUACAGUGACAACUACUACACAAGUCCUACUUUGGCAAAUUAUCUUUUUCAGCACAAAACAAACUCUUGCGGAACUGUUCGCAUAAAUCGUAAACACAUGCCAAUAUUUGAAAAAAAGCUGAAGAAAGGGGAAACAGAGUGGCGUAGCAGUGAGCAAAUGCUAGUAUUGAAAUGGAGAGAUCGUCGUGACGUGGUAAUGCUGACCACCUUUCACGAAAAUAAAAUGAUUACGCUUAGUAAGGUUGAUAGGGUUACUAAUGAAAAUAAGACCAAACCAUUAUGUGUACUGGCUUACAAUGAAAGGAUGGGGGCAAUUGACAGAAGUGACAUGAUGAUUACCAGUACGGAUUGCACGCGAAAAACCUUAAAAUGGUACAAGAAAUUAUUUCUUCGUACCCUCGAUAUAUGCAUGCUAAAUGCGCAUGCUUUAUAUAAGACCCAGAAUGCCAGUAACAUCUUAUUUCCUGCCUUCCAUUUAGAAGUUAUCCGGCAGCUUCUGGAAAGGUAUUUUUAUUCUUUUAUUUUUGUAAAUUUUUUAUCGUACGCAUUUUUUAGAUAUCCAGCGCAAUACCAAAUGAAACAAAACAUACAACCUCCUACCGUGGCCAGACUAUUAGGAAAGCACUUCCCUUCAGAAGUUCCUCGCAAAAAUGGGAAAGCGCAAAUGAGAAGAUGCUGGGUCUGCUCGCAUACAACAAACGGUGCAAAAAAAAGGAAAGAAUCGAGAUUCAUGUGCAAAGAUUGUGAAGUCGGGCUCUGUGUUGCACCAUGUUUCCAAAUAUACCACGAACAGAUCAAAUAUUAGUAGUAGCAGUAGAAACGGGGAAAAAAGACUAGAUCAGAAGAAAAGGCUCACACUUAUUUUUGAUAUUUUGUUCCUAAUAUUUUUAUUAUUUGUUAAUUUUUGUUCUUAUAUUUUU